CAUUUCUGAGACUCACCUGUCCAUUGCCAAGUGCACUUUAUUUAGUUCGAAGUGGUGUUGACAACUAUGGAAUGAAGCUGUCAACAACAACAACAAAAAAUCUAACUUGUGAGUUUUGGUUUGGCUUUGUUUCCGUCGUCUCUCCGAUGUGGUAAUCAUCCAUGGAUAAAUCUAUUUCGAAUACGAUAUACUAUUGUUGCGUGUUUUAGAAUAAACAAUGCUGGUACUACUCUUAAGAUUACUGUGUUUCUCGCUUUGGAGCGAGAAUGUGUUCACUCACAUACACGGAGAGAAGACAAAGACGCAUUUUACUCCUAGACAUUAUGAAUCCGCCGUCACUAUCGGGAAUCUACACAAAACCGAUAGUGAUAGUCAGAGAUGGCACUCGGCGUAUGGCAGAGUUAUCAACGAAAUUGACAAUAAAAGGGUGCAUACUCCAAGUUCAUCUUCUUGGGAUGUGGUUAGGACAUGGAUGGAUAACAUAAAUGGGACUAUAUUCAAUACGAAAAGGGUUAUGAAUGAAAGAACAAUGGUGCGCAAAAGCAAUUCGUCAAAUGGAACAGAACCCGUUAGGUUACCCGAGGAAGGCGAGUCAAAAAUGCUCAUGGAGGAAAAGUUGGACACCGAGAAGCAUGCAGCCAUGGAAACGCAAGAUGGUGUAUACAUUAAUUUAAAGCCCUCCACGAGACAUAAGCGAGGAGGACACCACUGUAACGAGGACAAACGGAUCUGCAGACACAAAAGAGCAACUGUAGACCGUCAGAGAAGAAACGCGAAGGAUGGCAGUAAAAAAGAUAACAAAAUAAGCGAGCCAACCAUGCUGUCAGAUGCGUCUUUGGACGCACCGCUGGCCACAUGGGAACCCCUGCCUAACCCAAUGGCCCAGAACCAGUCAACAGACAUGCCAUUUGAUGCCACUGAUUAUGAACAGUUCACUUUGCCAGACCUCCAGGACUAUACCCCACUGAUUCCUCUCAAUCCUCAAACUAGGAGAAAAGAUGUCAAAAACCCAUUUUACCCUGUAACAGCAGAAUCAUAUGGGGCAUAUGCCAUCAUGAUACUUUCGGUCAUCAUUUUCACUGUUGGAAUAAUUGGGAAUAUAGCAAUCAUGUGCAUUGUGUGCCACAACUACUACAUGAGAAGUAUUUCAAAUUCUCUUCUGGCCAAUCUCGCCCUAUGGGAUUUUGUUAUCAUCUUUUUUUGCCUGCCCCUGGUGAUCUUCCAUGAACUGACCAAGAAUUGGCUGUUGGGGGAGUUCUCCUGUAAAAUCAUCCCCUAUAUUGAGGUAAUAAUGUCCACUAGCUAUUGUGUUACUUGAGUGAGUGUUAUGAUUGGGUGCUGAAGUGGGGGCACACAGUCACUGUUCAAAGUCUGCUGUCAAUAACCCUAUCUUCCUUGUGAAAGCUGUCACAUACAGUGAUCUAAAAAAGGAUUGGGGCAGUGGCACAUUUUUGUUGUUGUUUUUGCUCUGUACUCCAGCACUUUGGAUUUGAAAUGAUACAAUGACUAUGAAGUGCAGACUGAGGGUAUUUUCAUCCAUAUCGGGUGAACCGUUUAGAAAUUACAGCACUUUUUGUACGUAGUCCCCCGCAUUUUAAGGGACCAAAAGUAUUGGGACAAAUUCACUAAUGUGUAUUAAAGUAGUAAAAAUUAUUUGGUCCCAUAUUCAUAGCACGCAAUGACUACAUCAAGCUUGUGACUUCAAGUUUGUUGGAUGUAUUUGCUGUUUGUUUUGGUUGUGUUUCAGAUUAUUUUGUGCCCAAUAGAAAUGAAUGGAGUCACUUUUAUUGUAAAUAAGAAUAUCAUAUUUUUCUAAAAACUUCAACAUUAAUGUGGAUGCUACCAUGAUUAUGGAUUGAUAGUCCUGAAUGAAUCGUGAAUAAUGAUGAAUGAGAAAGUUAGACGCACAAAUAUCAUAACCUCAAGACAUGCUAACCUCUCAACAUUACAAUAACAGGGGAGGUUAGCAUUUUCUGGGGGGGUAUGAUAUUUGUGUGUAACUUUCUCACUCAUCAACAACAACAAAAUGUGUCACUGUCCCAAUACUUUUGUAGCUCACUGUAUGUCAAUUCAUACACCAUACAAUGUUCUGUGCUUCAAGUGUUUGCAGUAUUUGAGGGAUCCUUUCCCAGGUCUAGAUUUUUUUGUCCCGAAUGUCACCUCAAACUGUUGUUCCAAACUCUUAGGUGGGUGUCACUGGCUAGCUACAGAGGUAAAAACCCCUAGGCGACUUAUGCUAUGUCAGGGAUAGGGUUACAGUCCUACUUUCCCUAAUAAGGCAGUAGUCUGAAACUCACUAGCCCUCAAUAAUUACAUCAGAGACCCACACCUGUUGUUGCAUCAGCUUACUUGUCUGUUUCAGCUGUAAGGCAGCUCUUAUGUCAGCCAUCUAUUGUAAAAGAUACAAUGUUAAAUGUAGGUGUUGAGGGAUCACACAGAGCCAAGACAGGCCUUUAAAAUAACAUGUUUUCCAGAAAGCUAACCAUACAGUAAAGUCUAUAUUUUGUAGCCAUAGCAUUGGUAACUGGGUUUAUAUUAACACACUUUUGACUACAUACUGAAUGUCAUACAGUGAGGGGAAAAAAGUAUUUGAUCCCCUGCUGAUUUUGUACGUUUGCCCACUGACAAAGACAUGAUCAGUCUAUAAUUUUAAUGGUAGGUUUAUUUGCACAGUGAGAGACAGAAUAACAACACAAAAAUCCAGAAAAACGCAUGUCAAAAAUGUUAUAAAUUGAUUUGUAUUUUAAUGAGGGAAAUAAGUAUUUGACCCCCUCUCAAUCAGAAAGAUUUCUGUCUCCCAGGUGUCUUUUAUACAGGUAACGAGCUGAGAUUAGGAGCACACUCUUAAAGGGAGUGCUCCUAAUCUCAGUUUUUUACCUGUAUAAAAGACACCUGUCCACAGAAGCAAUCAAUCAAUCAGAUUCCAAACUCUCCACCAUGGCCAAGACCAAAGAGCUCUCCAAGGAUGUCAGGGACAAGAUUGUAGACCUACACAAGGCUGGAAUGUGCUACAAGACCAUCGCCAAGCAGCUUGGUGAGAAGGGGACAACAGUUGGCGCGAUUAUUCGCAAAUGGAAGAAACACAAAAUAACUGUCAAUCUCCCUCGGCCUGGGGCUCCAUGCAAGAUCUCACCUCAUGGAGUUGCAAUGAUCAUGAGAACGGUGAGGAAUCAGCCCAGAACUACACGGGAGGAUCUUGUCAAUGAUCUCAAGGCAGCUGGGACCAUAGUCACCAAGAAAACAAUUGGUAACACACUACGUCAUGAAGGACUGAAAUCCUGCAGCGCCCGCAAGGUCCCCCUGCUCAAGAAAGCACAUAUACAUCCCCGUCUGAAGUUUGUCAAUGAACAUCUGAAUGAUUCAGAGGAGAACUGGGUGAAAGUGUUGUGGUCAGAUGAGACCAAAAUCGAGCUCUUUGGCAUCAACUCAACUCGCCGUGUUUGGAGGAGGAGGAAUGCUGCCUAUGACCCCAAGAACACCAUCCCCACCGUCAAACAUGGAGGUGGAAACAUUAUGCUUUGGGGGUGUUUUUCUGCUGAGGGGACAGGACAACUUCACCACAUCAAAGGGAUGAUGGACGGGGCCAUGUACCGUCAAAUCUUGGGUGAGAACCUCCUUCCCUCAGCCAGGGCAUUGAAAAUGGGUCGUGGAUGGGUAUUCCAGCAUGACAAUGACCCAAAACACACGGCCAAGGCAACAAAGGAGUGGCUCAAGAAGAAGCACAUUAAGGUCCUGGAGUGGCCUAGCCAGUCUCCAGACCUUAAUCCCAUAGAAAAUCUGUGGAGGGAGCUGAAGGUUCGAGUUGCCAAACGUCAGCCUCGAAACCUUAAUGACUUGGAGAAGAUCUGCAAAGAGGAGUGGGACAAAAUCCCUCCUGAGAUGUGUGCAAACCUGGUUGCCAACCACAAGAAACGUCUGACCUCUAUGAUUGCCAACAAGGGUUUUGCCACCAAGUGCUAAGUCAUGUUUUGCAGAGGGGUCAAAUACUUAUUUCCCUCAUUAAAAUGCAAAUCAAUUUAUAACAUUUUUGACAUGUGUUUUUCUGGAUUUUUUUGUUGUUAUUCUGUCUCUCACUGUUCAAAUAAACCUACCAUUAAAAUUAUAGACUGAUCAUGUCUUUGUCAGUGGGCAAACGUACAAAAUCAGCAGGGGAUCAAAUACUUUUUUCCCUCACUGCAGGACCAUAUUAUGAAAAAUAAAAAAUGGUCUAAUUGUUGAUAGUCUGUUAUUGCCCCUGGGGUUUAUUCACAACGUGAACAGUUUGUACCCAGUUUCCAGACGUCGUCAACACAGGUCCUACAGAGAAACUGGGUGUACUUUUGUUUCAGCCGAGCACUAACACACCUGUUUCAAAUAAUCAACCAAUCAUGGUCUUUAACCUAGACCACAAUUAGCUGAAUCAGGUGUGUUAGUGCUGGGCUGGAACAAAGGCCUGCAAACCCACUAGCUCUCCUGGACCGGAGUUGGAGAAAACUGAGUUCUGUUCCGCUUGCCGUGUAAGUGCAGUAAAUUGUGAUUGGUGCAUUAAGAAUGGCGUAAUCUGACAUCAUAGAACUGAGCCUCAUAGAACAGGAUAUCCACCUUUAAAAAAAACAGCAGAUUAGCUGGUUAUAUCACAUACUGUCUAAAUUGAAACCCAGACAGACCCAGGUGCAGCUAGGGACAACACACAAUAAUCUAGAUGAUACGGGAAAAGUCUAAACGGGAUCCUUGGGAUGUCCUAAUGUCAAGGGUAGGGAAGUCCCAAGGAAUCCGGAUAGCACUAACCUAAAUGUUAUGUUUUACAUUUUUUACAUUUUAAGUCAUUUAGCAGACGCUCUUAUCCAGAGCGACUUACAGUUAGUGCAUACAUCACUUUUUUUUUUUUUUUUUUUCAUACCCCCGUUAUGUAGCCCAAGAACUUGGAACACCUAAUACAGUCCGAGGUUACAGUGUAAAACCUAUGCUGCUCAACAACUAUGAGCUUUCUUGGUGAAAGUAGUGUCAAUGAAAAUAAACACAGAUCUGAGGUGAUUGGAUUAAGUAUAAUCAACACGUUAAAAGACCCACCCUGUCUUCUGAUAGGCUAGGUGCAAUUUUUACUAUUGUUUACACCUAUCCCAUCCUUUCAGAUCUCCACAAGUGCAAAAUCCUAGGGCUGGGUGUAUCUGUCGCUGUGUUUUAUGCAGUCCAAUCCUCCACUCUUUUACAGACCUCUUUGAUUCACCCUCCUGCUUUUAGCAGUCUGUCUGUUCUCACUGUUGUGGAAAUGUAAUUAUUGUAAGAUGACAUAGUUUUGCUGUGGUUCACUAUCAUACUGUUGGUCCUGAGUGCCUUUCAUGGGAAAUGUGUGGAGUAUUUACCCGGAAGAAACUACAUUCUGUUCAUGAAGGAAGCAUGCUCCUUUUGGAAGAGGAAAUUAUCUAGAAAAAAAUCCUUCUCCAGGUGGCUCAGUUCAUCUAUCCGGGCACAUACACUGAGUGUACUAAACAUUAUGAACACCUGCUCUUCGCAUUACAUAGGCUGACCAGGUGAACGCUAUGAACCCUUAUUGAUGUCACUUGUUAAAUCCACUUCAAUCAGUGUAGAUAAAGGGGAGGAAACAAGUUAAAGAAGGAUUUUUAAGCCUUGAGACAAUUGAGACAUGGAUUGUGUAUGUGUGCCAUUCAGAGGGUGAAUGGGGUAUGGUAGUAGGUGCCAGGGGCAUUGGUUUGUGUCAAGAACUGCAACGUUGCUGGGUUUUUCACACUAAACAGUUUCCCGUGUGUAUCAAGAAUGGUCCACCACCCAAGGACAUCCAGCCAACUUGACACAACUGUGGGAAGCAUUGGAGUCAACAUGGGCAACAUUGUAUAGUCCAUGCCCCAACGAAUUGAGGCUGUUCUGAGGGAUAAAGUGGGGCGGUGCGACUCAAUAUUAGGAAGGUGUUCUUCAUGUUUUGUACACUCAGUGUAUAGACCUACAUAAUGACUACAAGACAAAUAAGCCAUCUCAAAAAGACCCAAACAAUCCGUAUGAGGGAUGCUGUAUGAAGUGCCAGCGCUAGUCUGUAAGCUGCUUAUUGGCAGUGAUUGUCAUUGUGUUUGCAAGUCCAAUUCUAUGCCAACAUGACCUGUAGGCCAGUUUAAAACUACAGUCCCAGACUUUGAGUCUCUUUGAGUAGCCAGCCUCCGUAUUAAGAACAUUAAAUGAAUAGCGGCAGCCGCAUCCUCGUUAUGCUAAGCGACUCUCUAAUCAAGCAAUUAAUGGAGCAUAACUACGCAAACAGUGGGGACAUUAAUUCUAAUGGCUCCUGUGACAACUAAAGUGCUCUGUCACAAUUUGUCAUUAUGGACACAGAUGUGACAGAGGUUAGUUAGAUGAGGCCUGCCCGCCACUGUUGACACAGCUCUAGAGGAUAGCUGUCACGUUGACGAUGAUGGUAUUUGGUUGAGAGCGCUUUGUCUUGACAAUACUCUCUCUCUCUCUCUCUCUAUCUCUCCCGCUCUCUUUCUCUCGCUCUCCAUCUCUCCCUCUCGCUCUUCUCUCUCUAUCUCUCCCUUGCUCUCUCUAUCUCUCCCUUCAUAUCUUCUCUCUCUAUCUCUCCCUCUCUCUUCUCUUGAUUUCUCACAAGCUAGAUAAGUCUUUAGAAGGUAUCAUAGGAAGUCCCAGGACAUAGUGUCUAUAAUACUGUAAUAAGCUCACGUAGUCGCUGUCACAAACUCCAGACAUUUGUCACUGACUAGUUGGAUAUUAAUUUCCCACUGAGCAAACCAUUUCUGUACAGCAUUCAUAUAAAUCUUUUUUUAAAUCAGGUUUUUGCUUUGGCAGACUUUUUUUUAUUUAUUUUUGUCAGUAAAACUCAUGAAUACAACUGUUUAUGUCAAAUUGUUUUGUGUUCUACUUGUAUCCCUGGUUGUCCUGAAAAGAAAAUGGUAAAACUUCCUUGUGAGGCUAAAUAUAAGAGCUGGACAUGCAAAUAAAUUAAAGUCAGAUAAUGAAAAGCCAAUUUUAGCUGGGGACUCGGGAGUGAUAGGGUUAAUUGGCUUUGAGUAAUGCUACUGUGAUGAUUAAGUUGAAGAAAUAGUGUGUUUUAACAGAUUCGGUCAUAGAUAUGAUGAAAUUACUGGCUACAUAUGUACAAUUACUCAGCAGUACAUUUCCAACUGACCGAGCAUAUAGAGGGAAAGUUCUUAGGGACAAAGCAUUCCUUGUAUGUCAUGACACAUAGCAAAGAUAUUUGAUAUUGUUGUGAUACACCUGUUUCCUCAUAUCCCCCUCCAGUUACAGAAAAGUUCAUUUUAAACCAGUUUAUAUCAACGAAUCCCAAUAAACGGAACCCCCUGAGGGAGUCACAAGACCUAGCAUAUAAAUCAAACUCUUUCCACAAGCGCGCACUCUCUCUCUCUCGCUCUCAAUUCAAUUUAAGGGGCUUUAUUGGCAUGGGAAACAUAUGUUUACAUUGCCAAAGCAAGUGAAAUAAACAAAAAAUAAUUAACAGUAAACAUUACACUCACAAAAGUUCCAGAAGAAUAAAGACAUUUCAAGUGUUAUAUUAUGUCUAUAUACAGUGUUGUGAUGUGCAAAUAGUUAAAGUACAAAAGGGAAAAUAAAUAAACAUAAAUAUAGGUUGUAUUCACAUUUACAUAUUUACAUUUUAGUCAUUUACAAUGGUGUUUGUUCUUCACUGUUUGCCCUUUUCUUGUGGCAACAGGUCACAAAUAUUGCUGCUGUAUUUGCACACUGUGGUAUUUCACCCAAUAGAUAUGGGAGUUUAUCAAAAUUUGAUUGGUUUUCAAAUUCUUUGUUGGUCUGUGUAAUCUGAGGGAAAUAUGUGUCUCUAAUAUGGUCAUACAUUUGGCAGGAAGUUAGGAACUGCAGCUCAGUUUCCACCUCAUUUUGUGGGCAGUGUGCACAUAGCCUGUCAUCUCUUGAGAGCCAUGUCUGCCUACGGCGGCCUCUCUCAAUAGCAAGGCUAUGCUCACUGAGUCCGUACAUAGUUAAAGCUUUCCUUAAUUUUGGGUCAGUCACAGUGGUCAGGUAUUCUGCCACUGUGUACUCUCUGUUUAGGGCCAAAUUGCAUUCUAGUUUUCUCUGUUUUUUUGUAAGUUCUUUCCAAUGUGUCAAGUAAUUAUCUUUUUGUUUUCUCAUGAUUUGGUUGGGUCUAGUUGUGUUGCUGUCCUGGGUCUCUGUGGGGCCUGUUUGUGUUUGUGAACAGAGCCCCAGGACCCGCUUGCUUAGGGGGCUCUUCUCCAGGUUCAUUUCUCUGUAGGUGAUGGCUUUGUUAUGGAAGGUUUGGGACUCGCUUCCUUUUAGGUGGUUGUAGAAUUUAACACCUCUUUUCUGGAUUUUGAUAAUUAGCGGGUAUCGGCCUAAUUCUGCUCUGCAUGCAUUAUUUGGUGUUUUACAUUGUACACUGAGAAUAUUUUUGCAGAAUUCUGCAUGCAGUCUCAAUUUGGUGUUUGUCCCAUUUUGUGAAUUCUUGGUAGGUGAGCGGACCCCAGACCUCACAACCAUAAAGGACAAUGGGUUCUAUAACUGAUUCAAGUAUUUUUAGCCAGAUCCUAAUUGGUAUGUCGAAUUUUAUGUUCCUUUUGAUAGCAUAGAAGGCCCUUCUUGCCUUGUCUCUCAGAUCGUUCACAGCUUUGUGGAAGUUACCUGUGGCGCUGAUAUUUAGGCCAAUGUAUGUAUAGUUGUUUGUGUGCUCUAGGGUAACGACGUCUAGAUGGAAUUUGUAUUCAUGGUCCUGUCAACUGGAACACCAUUAUUUUUGUCUUACUGAGAUUCACUGUCAGGGCCCAGGUCUGACAGAAUCUGUGCAGAAGAUCUAGGUGCUGCUGUAGGCCCUCCUUGGUUGGGGACAGAAGCACCAGAUCAUCAGCAAACCGUAGACAUUUUACUUCAGAUUCUAGUAGGCUGAGGCCGGGUGCUGCAGACUGUUCUAGUGCCCUCGCCAAUUCGUUGAUAUAUAUGUUGAAGAGGGUGGGGCUUAAGCUGCAUCCCUAUCUCACCCCCCCCCCCCCCCCCCCCCCCCCCCCCCCCCCGGCCCUGUGGAAAUUAAUGUUGUUGUUUUUUACAAUUUUAGCAGCACAUUUGUUGUUUGUGUACAUGGAUUUUAUAAUGUUGUAUGUUUUCCCCCCAACACCACUUUCCAUCAAUUUGUAUAGCAGGCCCUCAUGCUAAAUUGAGUCGAAAGCUUUUUUGAAAUCAACAAAGCAUGAGAAGACUUUGCCUUUGUUUGUUUGUCAAUUAGGUUGGUGGUCUCUCUCUCUCUCUCUCUCUCUCUCGCUCUCUCUCUCUCUCUCUCUCUCUCUCUCUCUCUCUCUCUCUCCCUCUCUCCCUCUCUCCCACCCGUCCCGGAGGACCUGGAGUAAUAUGAUCAAAUUUUGGGUGGGUUCUAGUCAAGAUUCUAGCAGCCGUGAUCAGUCCUUGGUUCCAAAUAUUGAGGAAUAUGCUCUCUCUCUCUCUCUCUUUGUGUCAUGGGCUCCCUUGCACACGGUAUACUGUGCACCUUCUUAUUAUGUUAAACAGGCAUCAAUAUUAUAAUUUGAUAUAAUUAGAAAGUCUAAAGUUCCCCUUUUUGGCGCCUAACUGUAGUCUUCCCAUUCUUUAAAGUAUCACUCAUAAGUCAUUACUCAUGGCUACUUUCAAACAUCUCAGUAUGGGAAAUUAGGAACUCGUGUGGGAUAAGUAACAGAGCUGUCAAAACAACUUCAGUAACAGAGCUGUCCCUCUCUAAACCUGUUGACGUCUAGUAUACUGUGCUGUAUGUACCAUUGUCACGUGGAAAUUGUUCCAAGCUGUGUUUAAAACACAGAUCGUGUACAGUGGACACAGUCUUUUGGUCUUUUCAGAGAGCAAGAUGGCUCUGGGGCCUUGGUAUUUUAUCCAGACUUUCCAAGGUGCAUUGCAAUUAGGAGUAGUAUAAUAAUAAUAAUAAUAAUAUGCCAUUUAGCAGACGCUUUUAUCCAAAGCGACUUACAGUCAUGCGUGCAUACAUUUUUUUUGUGUAUGGGUGGUCCCGGGGAUCGAACCCACUACCUUGGCGUUACAAGCGCCGUGCUCUACCAGCUGAGCUACAGAGGACCACCAGUAUCUCCUCUAUUGUGUGUUAAGCAUAGGGCCUGGAUACAGUCUUUAUACUUGUUUCUCUCUAAAAAAAUUAAACACUUUGACAGAACUUUGACGGUAUUGUUAAUGUGCAGUAAUAACUCAUCAACUGCAUACAGUAGUGUCUAACUUCCCCCUCCCUUCUCUUUGUCCUUCCAGGUCGCCUCCCUCUUGGUCACCACCUUUACCCUGUGUAGUAACACAUCAACUACAUAGUGUCUAACUUCCCCCUCCCUUCUCUUUGUCUUUCCAGGUCGCUUCCCUUGGGGUCACCACCUUCACCCUGUGUGCUUUGUGCAUCGACCGCCUCCGUGCCGCCACCAACGCACAGAUGUAUUACGAGAUGAUUGAAAACUGCGCCUCCACGGCCGCCAAGCUGGCCGUUAUCUGGAUUGGGGCUCUCCUAUUGGCCCUGCCAGAGCUCCUGAUCCACCAGCUGGUCACUGAAGAUGGCGAGCCUCCAGAUGUGACGCCCUGCCAGCGCUGCGUGGUUCGUAUCUCCACCGACCUCCCGGACACGCUCUACGUGCUGGGCCUGACCUACGAUGGAGCCCGCCUCUGGUGGUACUUUGGCUGCUACUUCUGCCUGCCAACGCUGUUCACCAUUGGCAGCUCCCUGGUGACCGCACGUAAAAUCCAGCAGGCCGAGCGGGCCUUUGUGCGUGGCAACAAGAAGCAGCUCCAGCUGGAGAACCAGAUGAACUGCACGGUUGUGGCGUUGGCCAUCCUUUACGGCUUCUGCAUCAUCCCUGAGAACAUCUGCAACAUCGUUACAGUCUACAUGGCAGCGGGUGUGCCCAGACGGACCCUGGAUAUUCUCCACCUGGUCAGCCAGCUGCUGUUGUUCUGUAAGUCGGCGGUGACACCUGUCCUGCUGUUCUGCCUGUACCAGCCCUUCAGCCGGGCCUUCCUGGACUGCUGCUGCUGCUGCUGUGGCGAGUGCGGCCCGCCAAGGUCUUCCACCACCGCCACCACCAGCGAGGAGAAUGAGCACGAGUGCACCACCACCGACCUGGAGCUGUCACCAUUCAGCACCAUCCACAGGGAGGCAUCCUCCUCCUACACCACCGUGGGGACCCACUGCUGA